CUCGACCCAAAUGUACAGCCCAUAGAAAGCAUUUAAAAGCCCCAUUUCCCGCUUUCUUCUUCUUCACUUUCUAUGUUGCUCUGGUCUUUAAAGUGGAACUGUUCAGUUCAUCAACUCAUCAGUCUAGCUGAACGCUGAAGAUAUAUUUACCCAUGAAAUUAUAGCGACAUGGAAGAAGAUGUAAAGCUACUCACAAUCUUAGAGCUGGUCCGCCGUGGUCAGCCCGUCACAGCAACAGCCUCUCUCAACUCCUCUCGUAGUCGUUCUGUAACUCCUUUAUCUGCUAAAACUAAGUCAAUAUCGGAUUACAAGUUAGGAUCGAAAGCACCAGACGCUCCACCUACCGCCAACUCAAAUCCUAACCAUAAAAUCCUUGCUCCUUUGGGUUACCCAGCGAUCCUCAUAGGAACACUGACUCUCCCAACUGAAAACCUAAAGUGCCCGAACAGGAGUUGCUUUCAGUUCUCGGACGAUUCAUCCACCAUUUGCUGCGAUAUUCUCGACUUUAAUGUCCGUGUAAUCGGGAACAAGAUUCAGGUCUCCGCUUGGAAUUUCAUUCCUCUAAAACAUUCUGGUGGCGGGUUUUUAGAGAUUAUCAAAUGGAGUUUCACAGAUUCAAAUAGUGUUUCCCUUUCUACUUGUUUGAGUAUAGACUCGAUUCCUAUGGUUUCCGGUACUUCUUCUCCUGUUCCUCCUAACGGAGACAAAUCCAAGGAUCGUUACGGUAUUCAUGGCCCAAUUGAAUCAGUAAGCCCCAUUUUGCUUAUUCCAUGUUCGAUUGGUGCUAGCAAGUCAAACAAUCUUCGGGGAUUUAUUGUACAAACUAUGGUCUGUGAAUGUAAGUUAUGUAAUCCUAAGAAGUCCAUUACAGAUUUGCAUUGCUUAGCUCAAGGACAGCAUCCGCAUUCUUUUAUGAAGCCUUUAUUUAUAUAUUUCUGUGGUUCUUCUUCGAAUUGGCACCCUGCGAUCACGAAGCUUGUAGGGAAUGUGGUCACGUUGUCUGGGUUGAAAAAGAAGUUGGUUUUUAUAGGUAAAGAGGAGUCUCAACUGAUGUUUGUUACUACGGAAAACUCUGUUUUGCAUUUACUUAGGUCAUCUAAGAAAUGGUCAUCGUAUAUGAGAAAUGUUGUCGGGAAAGGGGAAUGUGGUGCUUAUACUGGUGUUGUCAAGGGUGUAUACAUGCAAGGCAUGGUAGUUGAGCUACACAAAGAAGUAUGGCUUUUACUAACUGAUCAGCUACUCUCUCCACCGCACAGUCUUAGAGUGGGCGCCAUUAUUUCUCUGAGGAAUGUGCAUUUUGUUAAUCCAAAAUUCGUUUGGACGGAAAUGCUCAUACUUGGGGCUUGCUUCAAGACUAGCAUUAUUAUAGAGUCAUUCUCACCCUUGGAAACUGGGUGUCAUAUAGUUUCACAAUCGCAAAGUCUGUUGGGGAAGUUUAUUGAGUCCUUGGCUUUUUCUGCCAGACUAUGGGCACUACUUAUCAUUUCAUGUUUCCGCAAGAAAUUUGCUGGGAUUUUAUCAGAGAAGGAGAUUUUGGGAUCAAAACAUAAGGAAGGACUGGCUCAGAUGUUUAGUAGGUCACUUAUACCUCCAUCAGUUAUUCGAGCCCGGCAUGGAAUGCUUACAGAAUUAUGCAAGCAUGAUUCCUUGGGUUGUGGUAGUGAACCAUAUUGCGUUAAUCUGAAAUUGGUGGUGACUAUCUCUUCUUUUCUCCGUCGUUGUGAGGCCAUGUGGAGGAGAGUGCUGUUGCAGAACAACUGUCACAUCUCACAUGGCAGCACUCAAUGUGAAGGAAGAUCUCAUAGUCAGCCAUUGAGGAGAAUGUUUCAAGGUGAAGCUUUAGGUGUCUCUCUGCUUGGAAGUCUUAAGAUUUCUCCAUCAUCUGGAAGGUUACAGUUAGUUGAUGCUACUGGAAGCAUUGAUGUCAUAAUACCCGACCUUCCAUCCACUUGGAAGUCCAGUGGCAUGUUUGAGGUUGUUAACUAUAGUCUAAUUAUUGAAGGCACACCUGACCUUGAGGAUCAUCCAGGAUUGCUGGACUAUGAGUCAUUCUCAUGCAGGCAUAUCUUUCGUAAUACCCCGUGGGCAAGAGAGAUGCACUUGACAAUUUACAUUUAUUUUCACUUAAGCAAUGCAACUUCCAAAAAUCUUCCCUUUUAUCCUUGUGCGGUCUGGAAUAAUGGAUUUAAGGAACUUCAAGGUGGAAGAUUGCAUCUGAUUUGGGUAACGCACAAAUAUCCUGCGCUAGAAAAGUUUCAAGGUGAGCCGGUGAUAUCAGACAUUUCUUCCACUUUUGCUGAGGCCAUUAUCUUGCCGUGGGAUCUGUUUCUUACUGGGAAAGAUGGAACUACACUUCCAGUUGAGGUUUCAGGGGAUCAGCUUAAUGAACCAUUGGCGUUUUAUCCCUGUGAAAUUUUACAGGAUCAUCUGCCCACUAAGAAGCAUAAAGUUGAUAAGACUUCUGGCCAGGAUUUUAAGGGAUCUGCUGAGAGCAAAUGUGGAAACUUGUGUUCUUCUGAAAUUCCAUGCUCAGUCAAUGUCAAAACUGCUGAAGGUUACCAUUCAGUUGGCUCUGGAAAACUGUGCUUCACAAAUUGCAAGAUCACUGCUGAUUUUAAGCAGAGUGCGAAAAAGGUCUUGCUAGAAUUCAACUCUGAAAAUUUUUUCAAAUAUCAGUUAUUGCAGAUUGGCAGUUUUUACAUCAUAGAACACCAUCCAGAAGAAUCAUUUUGUAGUAUUAAGGACUAUAGUGAUGUCAAUGGUGUUAAAGUUUUUAUUACUUCCAGAACACAUUUGUGGAGCCUCUCUUUCUCUUCUGACGAGGCAGUCACAAAUAAUGGAUUGUCAAAUAAUCCGUCUAAGGAUGAUUCUUCUUUCAGCAGUAGAGAAGUUUUGAUAAGUAAUCAAGUUGAACAAUGCUUGAGUCUGACUUGCAAUUUUCCAAAGUCUUAUUCAGAUGUUUGUCUUUAUCUCUCUGCCAAUGCAAUGCGUUUUUUGGAAGUAGAACUUAGUGAAAUAAAAGUUAAUAUGUCACCAGAAGGGACUUCCAAUGUUUCUCCUGACAUUUUGACCUCAGUACCUUCAUCUGGUUUCUCUUCUGGAUCUCUUGAGUUUACUUCUCUUUUUCCUGAGGGAAAUUUAACGUCCAUUCGCGGAUGUGUGGUUGGCAUUCAUAGUUUAGAUGGCAAUUCAGCGAAUGUCCACCUAGCCGGUGAAAGAUCAGGUGGUGUUCCUCACAUGAGAUUCUUUCAGGAGAGCACUGGUAGUACUUGUAUUCAGGUUUUGGUGAAUAAUCAAAUGGUCAAUAUUUUCAGUUCUCUGAGCAAAUAUGCAUAUCCUGUUGGAUUUGGACCUGGUGCAGAUGCAACAUUUCAUCGUGUUCUAAAAUUAAGGGGAACUAAUAAAUUGAAGCUUAUUCUUGUAUCAUUUAUUGUUUUGAACUCCAUAAGAGUUGCGAAUGAACCAUGCGGUGAUGAGCCUUUUAAAAUCCAGUCUAAGUCAUAUGCUUCACCUUCUAUAUCCUUGGAAAAUGCUUCUUCUGGCAUGAUUUCUGAAUUGAUUCAGUGCUCAGGUUGCAAGCCUAUGCAGUUUAAUUGCAGGGUAAUCGCUGUUCAUGUCUUGGUUCUGGAUAAAAGUAGAAAGUAUCAUGAUUUACAUCCAGAAGUUCAGUCCAAGGCACAGUUUGUGGACAUUCCACUUGUGGGUUUUGUAUUGGAUGAUGGAUCAUUCACAUGUUGUUGCUGGGCUAAUGCUGAAAGAGCGGCAACUUUGCUAAGGCUGCAUGAAGAACUUCCACCUAGAGCUUUUGAAAGCAGUGGGUGCACAUUAAAGUGGGUGGGGAUAAACAAGAGUUGCUGGAAGAGCACUAUGUUUCAUCUUGACAGAAUUCUGAGGAAGCAUGGCAGAAUUACUGUGAGAAAUUAUGGAUCAAUAAUCGAGUCUUCUUAUCAAGAUUUGAAAGUUUCUGUUAGUUCAGAGAAUUCCCUCAGCAGCUCAGAUGAGAAUCUUCUGAAAUUCAUAGUCCUAAAUGCUUGUUUUGGCACAUUUUGGACUGUUGUUGCUACCAUGAUGGAUUCAAAUGCUGUUCAACAGUUGGAGAAAGAGCAUCUUACACAAAUGGAUGUGAAAGUGCUUCCGAUGCAGAAUGUGUGGGCUGCGGAAGUUCAGUACCUGAAUACUCUCACCGAGGCCAGAAACAUAAUUAAAGAACUGCUAGACAGUUAAAUUAUUCAUGCUGCUAAAUUUGCAAGAAUGGAUGUUGCUUACUUUGGGAAACCCAGGUAAAAAUGCAAUAUGAUGUGCGUGAUUUUUAUGUACAUAUUGUCUCUGCCAGUACCAACACAAUAUGGUGAAAUAAACUUGCUGGAAGUGGCACCUGCUAACUGCUGUUGCAUUUUUAUGAUGUAUUGGCCUGAAAAGCAGCCUUCCCUUCCACAUCCAUUAAUUCUCGCAGCUGGGCUUUUACAUUCUUUGCAAAAAUUUGAAUAUCAACAUCUUGGAAUUUGUAUACGCUUUAAUGUAAUAUACAUAUUUCUUUUUUUUUUU